AUGUUCAUGCCACCUGCGCCGCCCAACGCCACGGGACCAUCGGCUAGAAUUACCACCGUCUGCAAGACGAUUGCUACCACUCCGCGCCGAGUCCACCGACCCGGCGUACAACUACGCUGCUGUCACCGACGCCGCCUCCACCACCACCAUCACCACCACCGCCACCACCACUACCGUCGUCGUCGGCGCCGCCGUCGCCGCCGCCGCCGCCGCCGACGACGGCGACGACGUCGACGACGACGACGACGACGGCCCUCCCCACCGUCACGAGCACCAACGUUCGAAACUCGUACUGCUCCGACGUCGACCCACACUCUGCAACCUUCAGUUACAGUGUCCUUGGUUAGUCCGCGACUCGAUUCCGUUUCCGGAAAUGAAUGUAACGAAAACACGAUUCCGCACUACUACCGUCCGAAUGCCAACUUUCCAAGUGCUCAUGCAUUAUCCCAAGUCUCUGUUGUUUCUCGCGGCAAGUGCUGUACCGAUGAUCGUUGUUCGUUAUUCCGGUGCGGCGUACACGCGGGAUACGGAAAGAUUCGGCGUACUCGGCCUCGUGGAGUGUCACGGAAUUUCUUCCCAAAAGAUCGGCCUGACGGUAGCGGCGUUCGUGUUUCUAAAGUCCGUGACCGCGUUCCUCUACACGCUGCUUUUUUUGUGGACGACCGUGCUUUUGACGGACCAGACCAAGAGGUCGUCACUGAUGACAAUACGGAGAAUUAUCGGCGUAGAGUACCGCCGCGUAGUAAUAAUUUUAGCGAUGACAACCCCGCGGAGGGCCUGCACCGCGAGCCCAUUAAGAUACUACCUAUCGCAGAGACGACUGCCACUGGACGCAUUACCACUGGGUUGUACCGCCACAGGAAUAAAAAUAAUCUCGACGCAGCAUCGAUUAAAUCCGACGAGGACGACGUCGAGGAGGAAGAGGAUGAAGAGGAGAAGGAAACGGAGGAAAGGAAGGAGGAGGAGAAAGAAGAGGCGGAAAAGCAGAAAGUGGAUGAUGAAAAGGAGGCGGAGGAGGAGGAGGAAAAGAAGAUGGAGGAACCGAAGAAGGACGAAUUGAAGGACGUGGAGGACGAAAAGGUGAAUGACGAUGAUCGUUGUCAUAAUGGUAAUGGUGGUGAUGAUGAUUAUAAUAAUGAUAACGAUAACGACGAUGACGAUGACAAUGAUGAUGAUCGCGAUGAUGAUGAGGACGACGGCGACACCGAUAACGACAACGACAACGACGACGACGACGACGACGACGACGACGACGACGACGACGACGACGACGACGACGACGACGACGACGACGAUGACGACGACGAUGGUCAUGGUAGCAGUGGAAGUGGCGACAAUCGUGCCAAUGAUGAUGAUAAUGAGGAAAAGCGGGAGAAAAAGAAGGCGGACGGGGAUGUAUUAAAAUUCCUGCCGAAAGAAAACAAGUCUGAGAUUAUUAGCCCUGUGCAAAAUCCUGGGUUGGUGGAACGUAACCGUGUCGGCAUUAUUGCGGAGCUCCCGAAGAACGCAGCGCGGGUCGGGAGCCUCGGCGUCGCUCAGGUUCCUUCGAGAAACGGAAACAAGUGCCGGCCCCGCAGACGUCAACCGUGGCGGAUCGACGAGAAGCCUUACGGCUUGGUAUUAGUCCUCUACCUCCUGGCCCUGCCGAUUUUCUGCGCGACGAACGGCUCUCCUCCAGGCACAGAACGCGCGUCACUCUCCUUCAGGCAAAAUGUGCCACUCGUCAACUUCCGCUCAGCCAACGCCACGCAUCACAACUCAUCCUUCGUUGAGGAUAGCAAAGGUCAUCCUUACCGCGGUUAUACGUGGGAGGUGAAUCAGAUAAAUCCUUGGUUGUCGGCCUGCGAUCUGGCGGGACCAGCACCGGCCGACCUUCAGGGAAGCUGCGGUCCACCGGAAACGCCGCGGAAUUGCCCUGACGCUUGCAGUCGUCGGGCGGACGGGCGCGCCUCCCGAGCCGUUGAUUCUUUUCUCGCGGUAGUUAGCCAGGCGAUCAGUUACGACGGGAGCGUCAAAUCCAAGGUCGGCUCGUUACGGUCGGCUGGGAGUGUGCCGCGAGGAGAACCUGAGGGGCGAGUGACGCCGGAACAGUGCCUUUUUUACCUCGAGGAAUCCCACAAGACGGAGAUAUGCCGAGAAGGUUUCGGUAAGGACAGCUCAGAGGGAUCCUUAACAAUCCGUGAGAAUCGCUACCGGUUUCUGAGCGGCUUGCGUCUUCGGCACUGUUGCGAACACGCCGCGUUGAACGCCCUCGCUCCCGGGGAUGGUGGUCCCCUGGAGGAGAUCCUCGGGGGUGGGAAUGGCUGCCGGAAUGCCAUUGAAAAGUUAUUGGCGGUCGAUGCUCUCGCCGCGAGGCUGCACUGCGAGUUUGGCGAGGUACUAGCGCGGUACGACUGUGGACAGCCCUACUCGGUAAUCUACAACUGCUCCCACUGCAAGGAGGCGUAUAGAAGAUGGGUGUGCAGCUCUCUGGUGCCUUACUUUGCUCACGACGAUCCGCCGCGCCAGACGAACGAGAGACUGGUCGUUCCCCGGAUGGAAACGGGGAUGCGGAUACGACCCUGCCGUUCCUUCUGUCAGUCGGUGGAGCAGCGCUGCCCCUAUCUACUUCCCGGUGACCGCGCUCCGGCCUAUCCAACGCAGUACGCCGGCGAGCCAACCUUCCUAUGCAGAGACCCGAACAUCCCGGAGAUGGGUGAGCAGGCGUCGAGAGCCCUGCACGCCGACGAGGAGUGCUGCUUCCACGUCUGUUCGGACGGGGACCCGGGACUCGGCGUGUGCCCAAAUUGUACGAAGCCUCAGGCGGAAGUCAGUUUACGCGGUGGCGACGUCCGAAAAGACCCGUCCACCGCGCCUCACUGCGAAACCAGCACGCCAUCAAUGGGUGGGGAGUAUCAAUCGUCGACGAACCCCUCGUGGUCCCAGUCAAGCAGUACGGCGGCGCCUGGGUCUGAGGUGGAGGGAAAUAACCCUGAGGCCUCCGGGACGAGUCAUCACUCCUCGUUCUGCGGUAGCGGCGGCGUCGGCUCUAUGUCAUCCUCAGCAGCAGCGCCUGCCCGCGUCGCCUUUCUUCCUAUCGUUAUUGCCGCGUUUUGCGAAUGGGCCGCUCCGUUAGGGGCUUGCGCAAUUAAACUGGCAAGACUUUGGACGACGAUAGUAUGCGGGGGCUCGUCGGCGCGUUUCCUUCAGGCUUGUUUCACUCGUCACGAAGAGACCGGAGACCGUACAAGUCGUCGUCAUCUUCAUCGUACACAAAAAUCUCGUCAAUUUCGGAGUUACGCUACUGUAAGCAUCGCUACAGUUGACAGGGUAUGCGCAACGGUGAUGUUCAGUUGUUCUGUAGUCAAAUCGUUUUCACUCGGCGUUUACUACGGUCUGUCCAACAAACUGUCGACUGUCGUACGGUUCGAGUUAUUCAAAAUAAAAAUACUGUCGAGAUGGCGUCUCUUAGUCCUCGACGAUAUUGACGAAGAUCGCCGUUCAUGACCUAGGGACGAGUGCCGAAGCUCUUCGCCAUCCGCGGAGGGACGAGGCUGCGAUCGUCCGCGUAAAAAGUAACGUAGAGUAUAUGACCAGCCUCUGUAGCGUAGCCUUAUCGAAUAAAAAUACAAAAAAUAAACUGGAAAACGUGGUUUGCUUGCGGAUCGGAUCAAUGCUCACUGUUUCCGUUAUAUGUAUGUAUUAUACAGUUCCCUGCAGUUACCUCGCGUUAACAAUAAUUACACGGAUAACAGCUGUAGUAUUAUUCUUAUUGCCGUAACAAUGCCCACAGCAACAACAGUGGUAACAGCAAAGACGAAAAAUUAAUAUUAAUAACGUAAGAAUAAUAAUAGUGAUAAUGAUAAUAAUAACCUUAAAUUGUUGGAUUAAUGAAAUUAAAAAUAAUGAAAACUUGUUGUAAAAAAUAAUGAAUAAUAACGCUAGAAAAUAGUAAAAGCAAUGACAAAAAUGCCAACAUCAACAACAAUAACGGAUAAUAACGGCGAUGAUGGUGAUUCCAAUAAUCCCUAUGACAAUGACGAUGAGAAUGAAU